AUGCUAUCAAAAUUAGUCUUAAAAUUUGGGACGUCAUUCAGUUUGUCUCAGAGAUCUGUCAUCCAUAUCUUUAAUACUAAGCGAUGCUCCAUUGUAUCGACAUAUUAUAAUCCCCAUAAAUAUUUAUCUAAAAGUGCAGUUAAGGAACCAUCAGAUAGAAAACCACACUGCAAUGUCGGUACCAUUGGGCACAUUGACCAUGGCAAAACAACUUUGACUGCUGCCAUCACUAGAGUUCUAUCAGAAAAGGGACUAUCAAAAUUUGUAGACUUUGAUAAUAUAGACAGAGCUCCAGAAGAAAAAAAGCGUGGCAUCACAAUAAAUGCUGUGCAUGUUCAAUAUGAGACACAAUCAAGGCAUUAUGCUCAUACAGAUUGUCCUGGUCAUAUCGAUUAUGUAAAAAAUAUGAUAACUGGAGCGUCUCAGAUGGAUGGGGCGAUUUUAGUUGUGUCUGCCGCUGAUGGCACAAUGCCUCAAACAAGAGAACAUUUGCUUCUAGCCAAACAAAUAGGUGUAGGUGACAUAGUGGUUUUCAUAAAUAAGGCUGAUUUAGUGGAUAAGGAACUUUUAGAGCUAGUUGAAUUAGAAAUUAGACUGUUGUUAACAGAGUUUGGUUUUGAUGGGGACAAAAUUCCAGUUGUAUGUGGGUCAGCUUUAGAAGCUCUACAAGGAGAAGACACUGAAUAUGGGAAAAAAGCCAUCUUGAAAUUGAUGGAAACCGUAGAUACUCAUGUUACUACUCCAGCAAGAAAUUUAGAUGAACCUUUCUUUCUGCCAAUAGAAGGUUCAGUUACAGUGCAAGGCAGAGGAACUGUUGGCAUCGGAACAUUGACUCGAGGAACAAUAUUAAAAGGAGACCCAGCUGUCCUGUUGGGGUAUGGAAAAGAGAUGAAGACAUUUAUUUCUGAUAUUCAAAUCUUCCAGGAUUCGGUACCAAAGGCAUAUGCUGGUGAUAAUGUUGGUGUUCUCAUGCGUCAAAUUAACAAGAAGUUAGUAAGUAGAGGAAUGUUUCUGUGCAAACCAGAUAGCAUCAAACAAUGGAAUCAUUUUGAGGCACAGAUCUACGUGUUAUUGAAUUCAGAAGGAGGACGAAGCAAGCCAUUAUUAAAGGAGUAUAUUCAGCUGAUGUACAGUAAAACUUGGAAUAUGGCAUGUUGUGUCCGAUUACCUGAAGGUGUUACCAUGGUGAUGCCAGGUGAUACAACAAUUGUGAAUAUAGUAUUACGUAGACCUAUGGUGGUUUACGAAGGACAAAGAUUCACGGUGCGUGAAAAUCAGUUAACAACCAUCACUGGAGUGGUUACUAAAACGUUGUCACCUUCUGAUUUACAAAUGACAGGCUUCAAUGUUCAGUUAACAAAAGCUCCAGAAAUGCAAACCAACGCCUCAGUUGUAAUGAAGAGGAAACGCACAAAGAAAAACUAA